AUGAGUGUCUCUGAAAAUUCGUAAUAAAUAUAUGAAGAACUUAUGGUAAUGAUAUUAAUAUUCUAUUUUAGGAUAAAAUCAAAAGUAAUUCAGAAAUAAAAGAGAAAUUUGAUAGUAGAACUUAAAGUGGAUUAUUAGAUAAAGAUUAUGCUCAUGAAGUCUUGAUAGAUUGGAGCGAUUUACUAAAUUAUGAUCUCAGUGAUGCUAUAACUUAUUUUGAUCUUGAUAAUCCUGAUAUUCCUCCUGAAGAGAUCAGAUAGCACUUAGAUUUUGACAGUUUCAUAAAUCUAGUUGAUAAAUGGUUAUAGAAGCAAUUAUUAUAAACAUCUCCAAAAUAAAAACAAAGUACAAACUAAGAUCAGUAUUGGUUUAAGAGUGAACCUGGAACAUUGAAUACAGAACAAAGUGAUUUAAAGCAUUAAGAAUAAUUAAUAAAAGCAAUUUUUGAGAGUUAAGAAAGUAAGACAAAAAAGGUAUUUAAUGAAUAUGCAAUGAUGAAUGAUUAAAAUGAUACAAUAAGUAAGUAAGAUUUUCCCCUUUUAUUAAAAAAUUUGUUGUAUCAACAUAAUGCAUCAAUUUAUGAAAAAGGAGGUUAAGAGGAUUAUUUUAUGAGAAGUAAUUCAUAUGGUAAUUUAAAUAACUUUUUGAAAGAUGACUAAAUUAAUUAUUAAUAAUUUAAAGAGGCAGCAAUAUAAUUCAUAAAAGGAAAUCAAGAUUUAAUUCUUUUAGAUAAUGAAUAAAUCAAUAAAAAAAAAGAAAAAUAAUAACCUUAAGUUCAACCUAAUUUAGAAGAAGAACUUUUAUAAUAAAUUGAUAAAUAUCAAUAGAUUUUAUAAACAACUGAACCUGAAAUUGAGAAGUAGGUUCUUAGAAAUAUGAUAACCACUUUAGUCCGUUAAUUAGAUUUAAUAAGAGAUAACACUAUGAGAUUAGAUGAAACAUAAAUUAAUUCAUCUAUGAAACCUAAAGCAAAUCUAUAGGUCUCUUUUUCAGGUAUUGUUAGACCUGAAAAAAGAACAAAAACAAAAGAAGAGAUUGAAAUUGAAAAAAGAGAUCAUUAAAUAUUGGAAAUUUUUCUAUUUUUUGCUAAAUAAUAGUAUGUCAAUGGAGUUGCUUAUGAAUUUGAUAGAUAUUCAAAAGAAGCUUAAAGUUUAAGUUUAGGUAUGUUCUUAUAUUUUUGUAAAUGUUUUAAUUUGAUUGAAACUCAUGUAAGAAAACCAAAUGAAGAAAAUUUAUUAGAAAGAAAAAAGAGAGGAGAAGAUGUAAAUAUUACUCGAUUGAAUUAAACAAUAAUAAAUAAAAGUGUAUAAGAAGAGGAGAAAUAAGUAGAAUAAGUUUCAACAAUUAUAUCUCCAAAACAAAAACCUCCAACUGUUCCAGUUGAUAUUCAAAAAGUUGAAAAUUUACCAAGAAGAAAUAAAUAUUCUCAUGUCCCUUCAAAAUUUGAGUAAAAUUCUAUUUCUAUAUCAUAGAUGGUGGAAUGAUGAAUUAAAGUUUGAUAAAUACUACAAUCCAAACCAAAAUCCUUUACCUCAACAAAUCUUAGAUGAUAUGAAAUAUUUAACUAAAGAUGAAAUCAAAAGUUUAUUUAAAAGAAGUGCCUUUGGAAAAGAUGUAUACAAAAUUAAUUUAAAUAGCUCGAUUUUGAAGAAUUUAAAUGCCUCUUAGGAUUUAUGGCAAAUCUUAUGUUUAAAUAAAAUGGAGAAAGACAUCCUCAUGCCUAUUAAUUGAUAUUAAGACUAAUGUAUAUUGAUUAUCCAGAGGAAUACAGAAAAAGAUUAAUUCCUAUUAAAAUACCAUUUAAUUGCAAAGAAAAAAUUGGUUUCAGAUAAUUGCCAGGUUAUGAACACCAUGAAUAUAAAGGCAGAUAAUUAUCUUAAUAAGAAAAACAACAAUUAUAAAAAUUAAAACAAGAAAGAGAAAAUUAAUUAAGAGAGAGACUUACUGAAAAUCCUAAUCAAAGCAUAAGAUCUAUAGGAUCAAUUAAUUCUCAAUCUAUUACUAAUUUACCCUAUAAUAAAUAAUAAGGCAGAUUCUUAAAUGGAAGAAUAGAUUUAGAUAGAGAAAAAGUAUCAUGGGCAAAACUUGAGAAUUUAAAUCCAAAUGAUUUAAGUGGUCAUGGUAGAAAUUUUAAGCCUUAAGAUUUGAUUGAUGAAUUUGAAGAUGAAGAAGAUAGGUAAUUAAUUUUAUUUAUAAUUAUAUUUAGAUUCUUCUUAAAAGAAUUCUCACUUGAAGAAGAUAAAAAAAAUCAAUUAAAACCUGAAGAAGUUUAAAAAAAUUUAGAAAAGUAUGGUGCUUAUAAACCUCCAAAGAGACCUACUUAAAAACAUUAAAUGAGCCAACCUUAACUAUUAAACCAAAGAUAUGAUUAGAAAAGCGUUGAUAUGAAAAAUUAGUACUUGUAAAGAGCUAAUCAAAUUUAGUAACUACAAAAUAAAAAAGAGUAAUAACUACUCUAAAAAAUAAAUAAAUAAUAUAAAAUUUGA